GCACAGGACCCCCUUGUCUUUUCCUCGACCAGAAUGGGCGCGCUGUUCUACAUCCAAGGCGUCCCCAUCGGGCCCGUCGCCGUGUCGCUCGCGCUCGUCGCGUCCAUGGGCGGCUUCAUCUUCGGCUACGACACCGGCCAGAUCUCCGACAUCCUCCUCAUGCCCGACUUCCUCCUCCGCUUCGCCCAGUGCUCCACCCCCGGCGUCGCCGACACCUGCAAGUUCUCCACCGUCCGCGAGGGCCUCAUCGUCGCCCUCCUCUCCAUCGGCACCCUCGUCGGCGCCCUCGUCGGCGCCCCCACCGCUGACUUUCUGGGAAGGCGGUACGCGAUGGUCAGCGAGUGCGGCGUCUUCAUCGUCGGCGUCAUCAUCCAGAUAUGCGCCUUCAGCUCCUGGGUGCAGUUCGCCAUCGGCCGCCUCGUCUCCGGCUUUGGCGUCGGCGCGCUCUCCGCCGCCGUCCCCAUGUACCAAGCGGAAACCGCGCCCCCGCAGAUCCGCGGGACGCUCACUGCGACGUACCAGCUGUUCAUCACCUUCGGCAUCCUCGUCGCGUACUGCGUCUCCAUCGGCGCGCGCGAGAUCGCCGGCUCCGGCUCCUGGCGCACCGUCGUCGGCAUCGGCAUCGCCUGGCCGCUCGUCCUCUCCACCGGCAUCCUCUUCAUGCCCGAGUCGCCGCGGUGGCUCGCGCGGCACGAGCGCUACGACGACGCCAUGAUCUCGCUCGCGCGCGUCCGGGGUGUUUCUAGGGCGGACGCGCCCAACCAUAUGCUCGUGCAGAAGGAGCUGGAGGAGAUUAGGAGCAUGGAGGAGUAUGAGCGGAAGAUCAGGGGUGGGUGGCUGGAGUGCUUCCGCUUUGGCGACGGGCAGAAGACGGGGUACCGCACGCUGCUGGGCAUGGCGCUGCAGAGUUUGCAGCAGCUCACGGGCGCGAACUACUUUUUCUACUAUGGUGCGACGGUGUUCCAGUCUGUCGGCAUCCAGGAUUCGUUCGUCACGCAGAUUAUUCUGGGCGCGGUGAAUUUUGGGUGUACGUUUGGCGGGCUGUAUGUCAUGGAGCGGUUCGGACGGCGGUUCCCGCUGAUUAUCGGCGGCGUGUGGCAGGCCAUCUGGCUCUUCGUCUUUGCCUCCGCAGGAACCGCCGGCGACCCGCAAAACGAAGGCAUCGGCAAACUCAUGAUCGUCUCCGCGUGCCUGUUCAUCCUCGGCUACGCCAUGACGUGGGCGCCGGGCAUCUGGAUCCUCAUCGGCGAGACGUUCCCGACGCGGAGCAGGGCCAAACAAGGCGCGCUGGCCACUGCGAGCAACUGGCUGUGGAAUUUCCUGAUCGCGUUCUUCACGCCGUUUAUCACGCGGGCGAUCGGGUACCGGUACGGGUACGUUUUCGGAGCGUGCAACCUCCUCGGCGCGCUCGUCGUGUUCCUCUUCCUGUACGAGUCGUCGGACAUCUCGCUCGAGGCGGUCGACCAGAUGUACGCGGACCCGAAUUGUAAGCCGUGGACGAGUCGCCGGUGGGCGCCGCCCGGGUAUGUGGAUAGGAAGGAUCUGAUUGGGCAGAGCCGCGCGGCGGAGGGGCAGAAGCCGCUCGCGAGCGGGGCGUUGGAGGAGACGAGGGUGGAGAAGGCUGAGGAGGGGGGGAGGUGAUCAUGAUUCAUGACGAUUGAUACGUUCAGGCGACGAGGUGUUUGAUUCAGCGGUGUUGGUUUGAUGAUGUAUUUCGGGCGUAUUUGUAUGAUGCUAUAAUACUGACGGUACUGACGUAGAUGUGUACUUGCCGUUUAAUGCUACUUGUUCGCGAUCCUGUCUGACCGAGUGUCUGCUCG